AGAGAGGAUAUGGAGGAGAGGAGGUGAGGGGCAGAGGAACUUCUGGCUCAGGGAAGAUGGAGGCGUCGGCGGAGCCUCUUGUGCUGCUUGGAGGGUGGAAGCGGCUCCUGGGAGAAAAAGAGGAUGCCAAGAAGAGCACUCUGGAUAACAGAAUGAGAAGCUGCAUUAAAAUGCAAAACAAACCAUCAAUCAAAAUAUUUUACAUUUCCUCCAGAAAGUAUAAAAAACACUUCUCCUGCCUCAGCAGAGAGACAAAGGGAAGAAUAACAAGGCAUUGAGCUGGAAAAUAGAAUAUGUAGAACAUAAAAAGUCAAGGGCGAUAAUUUACACAUUCAGAAAAAGUAGGAAAUUGUCAGAAGUCGGUGGGAAGGAAAAGGUCCCUUGGAUGGCCAAAACUGGCAGGCAUUAACAAAAGCCUUUGUGGAAGGAAAGAGUGACUUGAAUCAAACAAACACCAGGUAAGCGAACAGAAACAUUGUUGACCUCAAGAAUCCAAGAAUAGCAGUGUUGCAAAACCCCCACAGACUGCCUAAUUGUGGGGAAAACAGAGAUUACAGAUCACAUCUGAUUUAUGCAUAAGUCGAUCCACCCAGUGAAAAGCCAUACAAAUGUUUGGAGUGCGGCAAAAGCUUUACUGAGAACAGGUUGCUCAUGAUUCAUGGAAGGACUCCUACCGAAGAGAAAUUCUACCAGUGUGCCCCAUGUGGCAAAAAAAAAUUAGCAGGUAAACCAAUCUGGUGAGAGACAAGAUGACUCACACAGGAGAGGGACCAUAUGAGUGUCUGUAUUGUGGGAAAAGUUUCAAUCAGAAAUCUGACCUGGUGAUACAUCAGAAAAACCACACAGGAGAGAAACCAUAUGAAUGUCCAGAUUGUGGGAAAAGUUUUCAGCAUAAUUCCAAGCUAGUGAUACACCAGAGGACUCACACGGGAGAGAAACCAUAUGAGUGUCUGUAUUGUGGGAAACGUUUCAGUCAGAAUUGCAACUUGGUGAAACACCAGAGAACUCAUACAGGAGAAAAACCUUAUGAGUGUGUGGAUUGUGGAAAAAGUUUCAAACAGAAUUCCAACCGGCUUGUACACCAGAGAACUCACGCAGGAGAGAAACCCUUUGAAUGUCCUGAUUGUGGGAAAAGUUUCAGUUAUAAUUCCAACCUUCUGAAACAUCAGAGGACUCACACUGGAGAUAAACCAUAUGAAUGUCCAGAUUGCAACAAAGAUUUCAACUGGAACUCCGACUUGGUGAAGCACCAGAAGACUCACACGGGAGAAAAACCAUAUGAGUGCCUGGAUUGUAGGAAAAGUUUCAGUCGGAAUUCCCACCUGGUGGAACACCAGAGAAUUCACACAGGAGAGAAACCAUAUGAGUGUCCUGAUUGUGGGAAAGGUUUCUCUCGGAAUUCCUAUCUAGUGGUACACCAGAGAAAUCAUACAGGAGAGAAAAUGUAUGAGUGUCAAGUGUGUGGGAAAAGUUUCAGUUGGAAGUCUGAACUGGUGAAGCACCAAAAGACUCACAAAGGGGAGAAACCAUUUCAGUGUCUGGAUUGUGGUAAAAGUUUCAAUUGGAAUUCUGCUCUGAUGAUACACCAGAGGACUCACACAGGUGAAAAACCGUAUGAGUGUCUUGAGUGUGGGAAAAGUUUCAUUCGAAAUUCUGACUUGAUGAUACACCAGAGGAUUCACACAGGAGAGAAACUGUAUGAGUGUCCGGAUUGUGGAAAAAGUUUCAGUCAGAAUUCUCACCUGGUUAUACACCAGAGGACUCACACGGGAGAGAAACCAUAUGACUGUAUGUAUUGUGGGAAAAGUUUCAGCCAUAAUUCCAACCGGAUGAAACAUCAGAGGACUCAUACAGGAGAAAAACCAUAUGAAUGUCUCGAGUGUGGGAAAAGUUUCAGUCAGAAUUCGUACCUGGUGAAGCACCAGAGAAUUCACACAGGAGAUAAACGAUAUGAGUGUCUCGAGUGUGGGAAAUGUUUCUAUCGGAAUUACGACUUGGUGAUACACUGGAGGACUCACACAGGAGAAAAACCAUAUGAGUGUCCAGAUUGUGGGAAAGAUUUCAGUAUUAGGUCUAAUCUUAUAAAUCAUGUUAGGUUACACACAGGGGAGAAACCAUUCAAAUGCUCAGAUUGUGAACAGUGUUUCACACGGAAUUCCUCUCUUAUCGCACAUAAGAAAUUCCACCUGAGGGAAAAUUUGAUGUGUGUAGAGGAAUCUUGAACUUCGUUUCUCAUUUCUUAUUGGAAGCCCAGCUGAGAAAUUACUAAUUUAAUUUCUUGCAUGAUUCUUUUUAGUCAAACAUGUCUUAGUAUCAAACAUGAAGGAGAUCUGAGCUUCCUUUCUCUGGCCCAGUGCGGCAGUUCCCUUUCAUGGAGUUGAGGGGAACUGCUGUGCUGAGCCAAAAAAAGUGAGUCUGUAUUAGGUGUGUUUGUCAUCUUGAAUUAUUUCUACAUAUAAAGGGGCAUAUAAACAUGUUUGCAUGUAUUUAUUUUUAUUAAGAAAAUCUAUAUAGCAGCCCAACUCAUCUGACUUGACACAGUUUACAGCAAUACAAUAAAAUCUUAAUACAGAAACCAAUAAACCCCAUAUAUUACAAAA